CAGUGUACAAGUGGUUUUAUUUGAAGCCCCAAAGACGCCCUUAAUUUUUAUAUACGUAUUUAAAGGGCCACAAGAACACAGUUAGUACAAACACACGCUUGUCAUUUCAAGGAAGUUCAACCUUUCCCAGCCUAGCCCACACGCAGCAGGAAGACUUCCGGCCGACUCACCCAGGACUUCCGCAUUGGGCGGGGACUCUGGGCCAAAUCUGUGACCUUAUUGAUUGCUUUUGCCUGAUGAGCCGCAGCCUCGCCAGGAUCGACUGCUCCGGUCUGGUGAGUGAGGCGCGGGAAAACGAGUUUGAAGCCAGCGGGUUCGCUGAGGUGGCCAGCCCUCCUCAUCCCUGACCGUGCCGCGAGCUGCCAUGUCGGAGGCGUAUUUCCCGGUGGAGUCCGGCGCUCUGGGACCUGAGGAGAACUUCCUGUCUUUGGACGACAUCGUAAUGUCACAGGAGAAGCUGCCGGUGCGCGUCGAGACGCCCAUGCCGCGCCUGGGAGCCUUCUUCCUGGAGCGGGGUGCGGGCGCCGAGGCGGACCAUCCGCUCCCACAGGGUACAAAACUUGAGCUUCCCUUGUGGCUGGCUAAAGGACUCUUUGACAACAAGCGUCGUAUCCUUUCUGUGGAGCUUCCCAAGAUGUACCAAGAGGGAUGGAGGACUGUAUUCAGUGCGGAUGCUAACGUCGUGGACCUCCACAAAAUGGGGCCCCAUUUCUAUGGGUUUGGCUCACAGCUCCUGCAUUUUGACAGUCCAGAGAAUUCAGAUAUCUCCCAGUCACUGCUGCAGACUUUUAUUGGACGGUUCCGCCGCAUCAUGGACUCCUCCCAGAAUUCUUACAAUGAAGAUACUUCAGCACUGGUUGCCAGGUUAGAUGAGACAGAGAGGGGCUUAUUUCAAAUUGGGCAGAAAGGUCUGAAUGACUUUCAGAGUUGGGAAAAAGGUCAAGCUUCUCAGAUUACAGCUUCCAGCCUCGUUCAGAAUUACAAGAAAAGAAAAUUCACAAAUUUGGAAGACUAAAAGCGGAACAGAACUGCAACUUGUAGGUUUAUCCCUGUGCCCCUUGAUGAGACCAGUUAACUUGAUGGCAGACCCGUUCGUGUACUGCUUCAGGACUUUGAACCUUCAGCAGUCUCAAAACCUAGAACUGUCUGCUUGGGGCAGAUGUGGAUGCCCUUGACUCUGUUGGUCUUCUGGACUAGCUACCGCUGUCACCGCUGUCCUCACAGCAUAGGCCUUGGCCCAGGAAUGCAGCAGAGGAGAAGCAGAGUCCAUCUUAAACAAGGAGCACAGGCACAUUACAUACAUAGUCAAGUUGAAACUCAGACUCCUUAGGUGUUUGGUCUCGUUGGCUGCAAAGUGGGUCAUCUCUGCCUGUUCACAACUUCAUGGUUGGACAAAGGACAGCAUCCCCACCAUGCUGCUUACCUGCUGGGACUUACCCCAAUUUCUAAAACAGGAAAUUGGGAGAAAAGCAGAAAGUCAGAGGAAUGGCAGAGCAUAAAGGAGAAGACAUUGAGCUUUUGUGCCCUUCAAUCAGGGCUUUUGAACUAGAAUCACAUCCCUUUGGUCUACCCAGAGGGGCCAUGUACUUGUGCUUGUCAGUGAUCUUUAGAGCGCUGGCAUACUCAUUCCAUUUCCUGUCUAGAAAAGCUGUUAGGGCAGCCAUCUUCUAGUAUCUUGCCAAAAUGACCAACACAAAGAGAAGGAGGAGGGGCACUUGCUGUAUGUUCUCUAGGCCUUUUUGGAAACACGGAGUUGUUCCUUUGGCCACAUAUAUGCGAAUCUACAAGGAGGAGGAUACUGUAGACAUGAAGGGAAUGGGCACUGUUCAAAAGGAAUGCCCCAUACGUGUUACCACAGCAAGAACAACAGAAGCAAGCAAGUUGGGGCAAGAUUCUGGCCAAGAGGAUCAUUGUGUGGAUUGAGCACAUCAAACACUCGAAGAGCAGAGACGGCUUCCUGAAGCAGGUGAAGGAGAAUGAUCAGAAGAAAAAGGAACCCAAAGAGAAGGGCACCUGGGUUCGGCUGAAGUGUCAGCCUGCUUUGUGAGGACUAACGGGAAGGAGCCAGAGCUGCUGGAGCGCGUUCCACAUGAAUUCAUAGCCUAAUGUACAGAAAGAAGUACAGGAUCUGGACUGCAAGUGUUCUUUAAAGAAAGAAAAGCUAUCAGGAAGGUGUUAGGAAUUGCAAAGUAGUUAUUAAAGGGUGUUUACCAGCCUUGGUAAUAAUUGCAUCAGGGGCUUGCAGGCUGUGAAGAGCCCUAGCUGAAAACAGCCUGGCAAGUGUUAGGAAGACUCCUUUACAUUAUUUUUCCUCUCCAGGAAGUACUGCUACAUGAAUGCAAAGAGGACCCCUGACCGCUUACUGGGAGUCUCUUUAAAUCAGCACCAAACUGAGAGGGACAAAUUCUCCAGACCAUAAGCUGAAUAAAAAGUCUCAUUUCCUGGAGCCCUUUGGAUUGUCUGGUGGGCAGUUUCUCCACACUGGCCACCCCUGGUACCCUAUGGCUACUGGAAAAUAUCCUCAUUGUAAAAACAUGUAAUGGAAAUUUAACAGACUUGCAUUAAAAUGCCUGUCUUAGCAUGAAAUUGCUUUUUAUCAUUCGACUUUCAUCCUAAAUAAAUGAUGGGUUUUGUA